UUCCCAUUCAGAUGCAGUAUAGUCGUUUUCCAACAGGAAAAUCCUCGUCCAUACAUACAUAAUUUCCAAGCAUAAGUUCUUUUCUAAAAUUAAGAUUAAUGUGCAUGUCACUCUAAUUUGUACUUCUCUUCACGUGUUGAUUGCAUUUGGUCUCUGGGCGGUGAGUCACGUGAUACGCAACUAGAUACAACGUAGAACUACUACCAAGUAACAAUUACCACACAGUGGAGGUCCUUUAUGGAAGACCGACGACGUACUCGGUCUAUGCUUCUAUAUAUAGAGCACGUACCACCGUUACUCCGAUCACCACCAUCUUCAACAACCUCUCUUCUUCUCCUCUUCCAUUCUCUUCUCGGUUAGCCUUCGGUGGGAAUCGAAAUGGAGGUGGUGCAGAUACUUCACAUGAACAAAGGCAACGGCGAGGCUAGUUAUGCCCAAAAUUCCAAAGUUCAGAACAAAAUAUUUGCAAUCGCAAAGCCAAUCCUUGAGAAAGCCUUGCUCGAACUGUUGGGGUCAAACCGUCUUAUGGCAAUGGAGAGUAUGGGCAUAGCGGAUUUGGGUUGCUCAUCUGGACCUAACACCUUGCUUCUCAUAUCGGAGAUCAUGGAUGUCAUACAUGCCCAACUCAGCAGUGGCCAGCUGCAUCCCUCGUGGUCGUCAAUGGAGUUUAGAGUGUUUCUCAACGACCUAUUCAGCAACGACUUCAACACCGUCUUCAUGACACUUCCCGCAUUCUACAACAAGCUGAGAGAAGACGAUCGCUACAGGAGAUUGUUUGGGGCUAACCCCAACCUCUUCAUUUCCGCUGUGCCGGGCUCUUUCUACGGCAGAUUGUUUGCCAGAAAAAGCCUGCAUUUCGUGCACUCGUCCUCCAGUCUUCACUGGCUCUCUCAGGUUCCCCCGAGCCUGGAAAGCAAGGCCGGCACGGCCUUGAACAAGGGGAAGAUCUACAUUUCUAAGAGCAGUCCGCAAUGCGUAUUGGAUGCGUACUCACUUCAAUUCCACGAGGACUUUUUGAUGUUUCUCAAGUCUCGGGCAGAAGAAAUAGUUGGAGGAGGAAGAAUGGUCUUGUCAUUCAUGGGCAGGCCAACACUUGACCCUACAACCGAACAGAGUUGCUACCAUUGGGAACUCUUGGCCCUUGCAUUGAUGAGCAUGGUUUCAGAUGGUCUUGUGGAAGAGGAGAAAGUUGAUUCCUUCAACGCUCCCUACUAUGCCCCAUGUGCAGAGGAACUGAAGUCGGAGUUGCAAAAGGACGGCUCCUUCAUAAUGGACCGACUUGAAGCGUUCGAAAUUGAUUGGGACGGUGGUGGUGAUGUUGUUGAUGAUCAAGCUAAUAUCGUUAAUGGUUUUGAUCAUGAUCAGAUGGUGGCUAUUAGUGGGAAGCGGGUGGCCAAAACCAUAAGAGCGGUGGUAGAGUCAAUGAUCGAAGCUCAUUUCGGGAUAGAAAUUAUGGAUGAUCUGUUUCAGAGGUACACGGAGCUCGUCACCAAUCACUUGUCAAAGAGGAGAACCAAGUAUAUCAAUUUGGUCAUUUCGCUGAUAAGAAGGGAUUGAAUUCAGUUUUUCCUCCUUUAGAAGUACAAGUGAACGUGGGCACUUCUUCUUCUUCUUUUUUAGGUUUUAUUUCAUAGGAUUUGACUCCGCCAUUUGUGGCUAAUUUUCUUCAUAGAUACGGUUUAAAUUGAGUGUUUGCUAUUAGAUAUAAUUGUGAGUAACCACAAAUUUCUUAGUGUGACCA